AUGCGCUUCACGCUCGACUCGGCUUCUGACGCCUCCGGUGACGAGCAGGCAUUGCCUACCGUCGUCCGCAAGUCGCAUCAGCAACUCAACCGUGCCAAAGCACUGGCGGAGCAGCACAACUUUGCUUCUUCCUCAUCAUCACAGACGCCCACACGGAAGGGUAUCUUGCGGCAUACAUCCUCGUACAACUCGACCACAUCCAGCGCGCAACGACGGCAACGAUUCCAGGACGAUGACGAUAAGCAAGAUCUAGGGAUCGCGCCGAUAGACGAAAGAGACUUGACAUCACACGCUCACGAUCAGAACACAUCUUUUCAGCAUCGCAGUCGCAGACGCAGCGCUACGCCCGCAUUCGAGCUGGUUGGUCUGCCCGCACAAUCGUCUGCCGUUGCGGGACCGUCUUCCUUGCAACGGCCAGUCAAGUCACCAGCAAAGCAAGCUGGAGCUCUGCCGCCAUGGAUGAAGACAUCGCGUCAGCCUCACCGCAGUCACACUCCCGACUACGAGGUCGACUCGUCAGAUGAGGACAACAAUGCAGCUCUCUCUUCCUCAGACGAGGACGAGAGUCGACAGCUCGACGAUCUGGAUUCCGACCUGGAUGAAGACGACUCGGAUGCUUCAUCUUCACCGCAAACAUCGCCGCACGAGCAUGACGACUCAGCCGAAGAACGGCCGGUCGGCAAACGACCUUCUUCGUCGUCGCGUCGUCGUCCCACCGCAUCCAUCGCAUCGGCGAUAAAGCUCGCCUCCAUUGUCGGCGACGACUGGGACGAAUGGAACCGCAACUCUGCUCGACUCGCAUGGCACCGCGCACGCAUCUCCCGACGCGAUACCCCUGGCGCCCGCUCAACACCCGGCGCUCGACAAUCCACUGCGCCCGACACCGACAUCGACGAGGUGCAAGCGCUGCUCUCCUCGCUCAACAUGCGGCGCACGCAAGAGGACGCCGAGGUGAAGGCAGCCUUUGAAGCGCGCAACAAGGAUCUGUGGUCGGGCAUCGAUGCUUCCAUCCUCGCUGCCGAGAACGAGGCGCGCAAGGUGGCCGCUGCGGAAGCGGCGCGUUUGGAAGCAGCGCGAAAGAUGCAGGAGGAAGCAGAGCGAAAAGCGGCGUCAGCGCGACAGGCCGAGCUGGAGCGGAUCGAAGCCGAAAAGAAAGCAGCGGCGGCGGAAACCGAUCGACUCAAGAAAGAGGCGGAAGCGGAAGCGGCGGCGCAGAAGGAGACAGAAGCAGAGCAGGCCAAGGCGCAAGCAAUGGGCGGGUCAGGGGAGGACAUCCGCAAAGCGGCGCUAGCAGAGCACGACGGGUGGAUGACCAAGAUCCGACACAUCAAGUCGAAUGUUCUGCCUGCGAUUUCGUCCAAUCCGGAUCUGCGCAAGCAGUGCUUCGCCGCGAAACGCCAGAUCACCCCCAAGAUCGGACAGCUGACCAACUCAAGGACCGAGAUCACGCGGAUCGCUACCGCCAUCGCCUCUGUGCUGGAUGCUGCCAAGCAGGCGGCGAGCGGUGGCGGAGGCGACGUGUACACGUGGAUCCUCAACCACCUGUCAAAGUGUCUCAUCCGGCAGGCGGAGCAGGAGGUAGCGGCGAAGCAGGAUACCGCCUACCCUUUGGCUCGGGUAGUGGUCUGGCUGGUGCUGGGAGGGCACGUCGAGUUGGCAGACGUCUUGAUGGCGAGGUUGUGCAAGAAGUGUCCGUGGGUGAUCCCCGUCUGGCCUCCUCGCAGGGACCUGGACGAACCGACCUACCGCAAAGUCAUGGGCUACAAGGCGGACGAGACAACAGAAAACUACUCGAACAGGAUGAGCGGUAUCACAGCGUUCUACUUUGCCAUCCUUCAAACCACACCCUCGGCCCCACCGGGCGCAUCUUCGCUCGAUGUUGACAAGAUCCCCCUGCACCUACGGUCGACAACCUUGUGGCGGUGGAGCGUGCGUGCCCUGACGCCGUCCGCCAUGGCCUUCCUGGACCACCCCAUGUGUCCGUCCAUUUGGUCGGUGUUCAUCGAGAUCGCGGGGACACAAGCGUUGGGCCUCUACGGCAAGCAGAUGAAGAAGCUCUUCGCGCUGCUGCUCGAGCAAGGCGUGCAGGGGAAGAAGGCAGGGUGGCUGAAGCACGCCGAGGACAAGCCGUACGUCAAGGCGGGCACGGUGAGACUCGAGCUGCUGCUCAUGGAUUGGAAGGCUUCUCCCGGUCAAAGUGUUAUUCAGGGCGCUACAAAGGGUGUACAGAUGGAGCCGUAA